AUACUUGUACAUGAUUGGCUGUACUCCUACAUCUAUUGUGAUAUGUACGCUAUUUUGAAAAGCAGAACUGUUGCUAUGUUGUCAGUUUUUAUGCUAUCUGCAAUUGUUCACGAAUAUAUCGUAGCCAUUUCUCUCAGAUUUAUAUUCCCUCCUUUAUUCACAUUAUUUUACAUAGCUGGUAUUAUAUUCAUUUUUAUGACUCGAAGAAGAACCUCAAACUUCUGGAACUUUUUCCUUUGGUUUACUUUGUUGCUAGGAUAUGGACUUUUACUAGUUUUCUACUCUUUGGAAAUGUCUGCCAGGAUCAACUGCCCGAGGAUUUUAGAUUCUUGGCUAGACUAUGCAGUUCCUCGGUUUCUCCAUUGCAAUGUGAUAUCUUUCCCAGUUUAGCGUAAAAGUUUAGUUAAAAAGCUUUUUAGUAAAAAUAUAACAAUCUAACUCGACCUGUAUUCUAAAUAAAUAGAAUUCCGGACAAUCCACUGAAAAUUUAAUUUUAGAUAUAUGUUUAACAUGUAUUUGGAAAUAGAGUGCCUCUAAUUUUGGGAGACUUAUUUAAGUAAUAUUGUAAAUUAUAAAUUUUCGAAUAUGUCCAAACUUAUUUGAAUAUCAUUAAGAGUGUAUCUCACUUUCUUUAAUUAUAAACAAACUUUUAAAUCGAUGAAAUUAAGUAUGUCUUACUACUGUAGAUGUAGAAUUCUAGAAACUUUUACAGAAAUGGAAGCUUUCAGGUUUACUAAAUCUUUUUUAAAAUAUUUUAAAUCAGUUAUAUCUGAUUAAUAAUUAUUAAAGAAAGAUAAUUCAACUAAAAAAUACAUUUUCUUUAGAACCGAUUUUUUGCUAUUGGAUAAAAACUUAUUUGUCACUUUUUUUUACAAUAUGAUGAAUUUCUAAGCAAAAAAAUCUUUAUUCUAAA